GAGACCCGGUCUGAAGAGCGGGCACCGAAGCGGACUGCAGCCGGUGGAUGUGUGAGUGCGUGUCCGGGCUGCCGUGGAUCUGCUCCGGCCCCGCAGUGAAUGGGAUUCCGCCGGUCGUUCCGCGUCUCCUGGAGCAAACAUGCGGCUGCGGAGCUCCCCGGUCCCCUCGGUCCUCCACCCGCUGCUGCUGCAGCUGCUGCUCGGGCUCUGCAGCGGCACAAGUUUCCCAAGUAACAUCAACAUAGGAGGCCUUUUCCCCACCGGCUCCCACGAGUACGAGGUGUUUCGCUUUGCUCUGGCUCAACACCAGGACGUCCCCAAACUGGUGCCACAAGUGGACAUGGUGGACACGGGGAGCAGCUUCGCCAUGACCUACGCCUUCUGCUCCCAGUUCUCGAAGGGCGUGUACGCCAUCAUGGGUCUGUACGACCGGCGGACGGUCAACAUGCUGAUGUCCUUCUGCGGCUCUCUGCACGUCUGCUUCGUCACGCCGUCCUUCCCCGUCCAGACCAACAACCAGUUCGUCCUGCAGCUGCGGCCCCAGCUGCAGGACCCCCUCAUGGCCCUGCUGGAGCACUUCUACUGGACCAGGUUCGUCUACAUGUACAGCUCCGACUCAGGGCUGGCGGUGCUGCAGAGGAUCUUGGACACAGCGGCGGAGCGCAGUUGGCAGGUCACCUCCGUUAACUUGGAAACUCUGACAGAAACCGCCUUCAUCAAGCUGCUGGCAGACCUGGACUAUAAGAAGGACUUUCAGAUCAUCAUCGACUGUGAGCUGGAGCGACUCAACUCCAUCCUCAACCUGAUUGCUGCUCAGAAGAGGAACUUGAAGAACUACCAUUACAUCCUGGCCAAUCUGGGCUUCAUGGACCUGAACAUGACCGAGUUUCAGAAGCUCGGUCCGAACGUGACGGGCUUCCAGCUGGUGAACCGGUCCCAUCCGGCUGUGCAGAAGAUCGACCAGGACUGGAUGGACUUCGACAGCAGAGACCUCAAACUGGCCCGCAGGAGGCUCAGGUACACAGGAGCUCUGACCUAUGAUGGCGUCAGCGUCAUGGCGACGGCUUUUCAGAACCUGCGGCGGCAACGGAUCGACAUCUCCCGCCGUGGGAACGCAGGGGAGUGUCUGGCCAACCCUCCGGCCCCCUGGGGACAGGGCAUCGACAUACAGAGAGCGCUGCAACAGGUGCGUCUGGAUGGGCUGACGGGUUGGGUUCAGUUUGACGAGCGAGGACAUCGCACCAACUACACGCUGGCGGUGAUGGAGCUGAGCCACACGGGGCCCAGGAAGAUUGGCUACUGGAACGAGAAGAGGGGCUACGUGAACACGGCCGUCUACAGGCCCUUGGUGGAAGAGUUCUACGGCCUGCAGAACAGGACCUACGUAGUCACUACCAUACUGGAAGCGCCCUACAUGAUGCUGAAGAAGAACCACGAGCAGUUUGAGGGAAAUGACAAGUACGAAGGUUACUGCGCAGAACUGGCCGCAGAGAUCGCCAAACACGUCGGCUUCGUCUACCGCCUCGAGCUGGUGGGCGACGGCAAGUACGGCGCCAGGGACCCCGAAACAAAGAUGUGGAACGGCAUGGUGGGAGAGCUGGUGUACGGGAAGGCCGACGUGGCCGUCGCCCCGCUGACCAUCACUCUGGUGCGAGAGCAGGUGAUCGACUUCACCAAACCCUUCAUGUCUCUGGGGAUCUCCAUCAUGAUCAAGAAACCCACCAAGUCCAAACCGGGCGUCUUCUCCUUCCUCGACCCGCUGGCCUACGAGAUCUGGAUGUGCAUCGUCUUCGCCUACAUCGGAGUCAGCGUGGUGCUCUUCCUGGUGAGUCGUUUCAGUCCAUAUGAAUGGCAGGGUGAAGACUCUGAUGAUGAAGAUGAAACUCUUCCAUCCGCUGCCUCUCAUCGAGCUCUGCCAACCUCGUCCUCUGAGCUCACUCACUCUCCAGGAUUCUCCCAGGCUCAGGUCCAGAACCAGAACCAGAACCAGCAGAAAGAAAAAGAGACUCCAGAACACACCAAUGACUUUGGGAUCUUUAAUUCUCUGUGGUUCUCGCUGGGGGCCUUCAUGCAGCAGGGCUGUGACAUCUCCCCCAGGUCUCUCUCAGGUCGAAUCGUGGGAGGAGUUUGGUGGUUUUUCACCCUCAUCAUCAUCUCCUCCUAUACAGCCAACCUGGCAGCCUUCCUCACUGUGGAGAGGAUGGUCUCCCCCAUAGAGAGUGCAGAGGACCUGGCCAAGCAGACUGAGAUCGCCUACGGAACCCUGGAUGGGGGCUCCACCAAGGAGUUCUUCAGGCGGUCAAAGAUAGCAGUUUUUGAGAAGAUGUGGUCCUACAUGCGGAGCGCAGACCCCUCAGUGUUCGUCAAGAACACCAAUGAGGGUGUGAUCAGAGUCAGAAAGUCGAAGGGCAAGUACGCCUACCUGCUUGAGUCCUCCAUGAACGAGUACAUCGAGCAGAGGAAGCCCUGCGACACCAUGAAAGUGGGAGGCAACCUGGACUCUAAAGGCUACGGAGUGGCCACGCCCAAAGGGUCGCCGCUCAGAAUCCCAGUAAACCUAGCAGUACUGAAGCUCAAUGAACAAGCCGUCUUAGACAAGUUGAAAAACAAGUGGUGGUAUGACAAGGGGGAGUGUGGACACAAGGACUCCGGCAGAAAGGACAAGACGAGCGCGCUCAGUCUGAGCAAUGUGGCGGGAGUGUUUUACAUCCUGAUUGGCGGUCUGGGGCUGGCCAUGCUCGUGGCUCUGGUCGAGUUCUGCUACAAGUCGCGGAUCGAGUCGAGAAGGAUGAAGCGCCGCACAGCAGACUGAAUGCGUGAAGUGGCUGAGGUUUGCUUUAAAGCGACUCCACUCAGCGCCACGUCACGUGAAAUGUGGACGCCGUCGGGAGUUGAUUUGUGUUUCUGCAGGUAGUGACGGUGUGAACAGGUGAGUGAACAGAUCUGUGAUUGGUUGGCGGAGGUCACCUGCUGAACCGACUCCGACACAUGGGAUCUCAUCUGACAGGAUCACCGACAGCUGAACUCUGCUCAUCUCGGCGCUCUCGAGCUCCUCUUCAUCGCUGGCGUCUCUACGUGAUGAAACUGCAGUCGCCUCAUUACAGACUGAGCUGCUUUUCGCGGAGGCUUUGAUGGGCUGCUCAGAGGGAACAAACAAGUCAUUAGAGCCAUUUUCUCCCCAGCAGAAGCACCGGUCUGUUCCUCUCGUCUCUGCUGGACUUUUGUUAUUCUGCACGUUAGCCGGCGCUCAAAGCCUCUGAAGGCGGCGCUGACGCCACACGUGUGGAGGGUUUCAUCAGUGCGAGCAGAUGGAGGGCGCCGCAGAGCAGGUUGCACUGUGGCUACCUGCUGCACAGCUACAUGGGCCGAUACCCACCACAGCAGUACACGGUGAAUCCCUCUGCUCUGAUACAUUAUUGAUACGCAGC